ACAGGAUAAUGAAUGAGAGAGACAAUGUAUGAGAAAAAAAAAAUCAGUAACUAAGGAUUUGCUCCUCCUCUCAUAGUCUGCCUUCUGGCGUGGCUUUUUUCCUCUCCAGUCUACUGAGGAUAAAGAUGGUUUCCUCUGAAGCACGAAGAAACAAAUUUAUCCAUCAAGCCACUUGUUUCUGUCUCUUAGCAAUCUUGCUUCAUCCAACAACCUCCACUAAUCUGUUUCGUGUUGGUCUGAAGAAGAGACAGCUUGAGCUUGACGAUAUAAGAGCCAGCAGAGUGAUCAGUAAGCUGAAAUAUUCACAUUCACAACAUCCCACAGAUUAUUACCAUUCUUUUGCUACUUUAGGAGGUGGUUCUAGUGACCAUGAUCAUCAGGUGAUUCUUAAAAACUACUUAAACGCUCAAUACUAUGGAGUUAUUGCAAUCGGAACGCCUCCACAAGAAUUCAAAGUUCUAUUCGAUACCGGAAGUUCCAAUCUUUGGGUUCCAUCUUCAAAAUGCUACUUAUCCCUAACUUGUUAUCUCCAUCCCAAGUACAAGUCCACCAAAUCCAAAACAUACACCAAGAAUGGAAAGCCAGGUACAAUAAAAUAUGGGUCAGGUUCGAUGUCUGGCUUCUUUAGCGAGGACAAUGUGAAAGUUGGUGAUCUUGUAGUCAAGAAUCAGGAGUUUAUCGAAGCUACACGCGAAAGGAGUCUCACUUAUCUCCUAGCAAAGUUUGAUGGUCUACUCGGGUUAGGAUUUCAGGAGAUUUCAGUCGGAAAUGCGGUACCAGUUUGGUACAACAUGGUGGAUCAAGGACUAGUGAAGGAUAAAGUUUUCUCAUUCUGGCUAAACCGUGAUACCAAAGCUGAAGUUGGAGGUGAGAUUGUGUUUGGCGGUGUUGAUCCGGCUCACUUCAAAGGCAACCACACCUAUGUCCCUGUCACUAGAAAAGGCUAUUGGCAGUUUAACAUGGGCGAUAUCUUCGUUAAUAACAACUCAACUGGUUUUUGUGAGGAAGGUUGUAGUGCAAUUAUGUACUCAGGAACUUCACUAAUUGCUGGACCAACUACCGUGAUUGCACAAAUAAACCACGCAAUUGGCGCUAAGGGAGUUGUAAGUGCUGAGUGCAAUGAAAUUAUCUCUCAAUAUGGAGAAAUGAUAUGGGAUCUGUUAGUUUCAAAGGUGCCACGUCGUCAAGUGUGUAAAGACCUCGGACUCUGCGUUUUCCGACAAGAGACCGGAAUAAAAUCAGUUGUGGAGAAAGAAAGAUCAUCAGCUCUAUGUAAAGUUUGUGAGAUGGUUGUUGUUUGGAUUCAUACAAAACUGAAAAUGAAUGAAACCAAAGAGAAAGUGUUUGAAUACGUAUACCAGCUUUGUGAGAGCCAUCUCAGUCCCGCAGGCGAGGCAGUUUUCGACUGCAAUAACAUCGAAAACAUGCCAGAUGUUACAUUUACAAUUGGAGGCAACCACUUCUCUCUCACCCCUCAACAGUACAUUCUCAAAACUCGAGUUGCAUUCUCAAAUACUGAGAUGUGCAUAAGCGGGUUUGCCGGUUACGACUUGCCUUCACCGACUGGUCCUCUCUGGAUUAUUGGGGAUGUCUUUAUGGGAGCCUACCACACCGUAUUUGAUUCAGGCAAUCUUCAAAUCGGAAUAGCAGUAGCUACAUAAACUUAUGUACACCGGUUUAUCUAUCUAUGAUUAUCCGCAUAAGUACAUUGUGUGUAUCGAUGACUCCAUCAGAACUUUUAAGUUCAAACCUCAUUGCACAAACUAAAUCAUAACAAUUUGGGAAACUUGCUAGAA